AGGCAUUGCAGUGAUGAGCACAGCAACACCUAAAUACCUUUAAAAAUCUAGGCCCUAGUCUAGGGUGAGUGCAGCAUUGUUUGGGCUAGCAGGAAUCCUAUAAUAGAUUCCCUGUCCCCAGUGGGUGUAGGAGAGCAUGCUACCAGCUCAGUGGUUUGAGCAUUGGCCUACUAAACCCAGGGCUGUGAGUUCAAUCCUUGCGAGGGCCAUUUAGGGAGCUGGGGCAAAAAUCUUUCCAGGGAUUGGUCCUGCUCUGAGCAGAGGGUUGGACUAGAUGACCUUCUGAGGUCCUUUCCACCCCUGAUAUUCUAUUAAAUCUAUGUCAGACUGACGGUGAAGAGAGGGCCCGAAGAGCUCAUUUUCCAAAACAAGAUAUACUUCAAAAUCCUUUUUUUUAAAAGUGGCUGUUUGAUUUACAGAAUUUUUUUUCAAUCUCAUCCCUUUUGAUUUAUUGGGAUCCAAGGCCUGUAUUAUUAAAUUCACUCACCUAAGACCAAUGUAUAUGCCAAAAGAAAGAUUUCAAAGGCGCAAAGGAAAGUUAGGGAGUUGGGCAUCUAACUGCCAUGUGUACCUCUGAAAAUCUCUCCUAAAAUAUGACAUUGCCUGAAAAACCCUGUGUGAUCUUUCAAAACUUCAUGUGGUCAGUUACAGUUAGUCAAGCUACACAUAGCAUUCUGUGCAUCCGUGGGUGAGAGAGAAUGGUAGGGACUUUAAAAACAGCCACAAUACCAAACCAGAUUUCCUCCCAGAUGCUGCCUCAAACGCUAUUCUUGGAGAUGGGACAGUUACUAGCAUUGCUGCUGCUACAACUAAAACCCCUUUUUAAUCCUCCAAAUCUGGUGUACGUUUCUAAAGCGACCUUUAACAAAUCUAUUAAACUCGUGAUGCCUUUUUGUUCCCAAUACUGCCCCAUUCUAGAUCUGUCCUACUGAUCUGAGCCUAUGUUUGUGUGCACAGAGGCCAUGCCACAUCUGCCUGCCAUAUCUCAGAUGUAGACAUAGUUACAGCUGCGAGGGAAACUCCUGGAACUGCACACACCCGAGCUUUUCAUUUGGAGAACUCUGCAUUCACAUCUGUUAUUUUAAAAGAUCUUCAGAGAACUAGCAUUAAAUUUUUCAAAGCCGUUGUCCUCCUUUUUGAAUUUGCUUUGAAAGCAGUUAAGAGUGGGUUCUUAAAGGCUCCGCACAGUACUAGGGAAACUAAAACUGCAUUUAAUUGGGAGUUUCAGGUUAACAAGGACUAUAGCUAGGCCUGGCGUAUGUUGUGUGCCUGUAAUUGUACUACAUCUGAUCAGUCCCAAAAUAAAUAGGAAUGGAAAAUCUCUGGCUGCAUUUUAAUAUCAAAUAUUGGAAAUUUUAUGAGAAAAGAAUGAAAACUAAAUGUUCACAGCUUGGCUAAGAGCAACUAAGGGAAGGGAAUCAUUAUCCACAAGCAGAGCUUGGUAAAAACUCGCCUGAGGACUGAGCUUGCUAGCCAGGAUGAAAAACAGCUAUGCUGCUAUGUUCACCAAGGCAGGGGUGUCAAAAUCAUUCUGGGGAGAGAGACAAAAUCUCUUUUUAAUUAUGGUCUCUGGGCCAUGUAAAAAUGCAUGAGUGCAUAUGUUCUCAACCCACAGCAGAUCAACCAUGGAGGUCAGUGGGAGAUUUGGGAGUCUGGCCUAUAAACUAACUUUUUAGUUAUUCUCAUUAUUUACUGUGUUCAGUCCCUUCGAGGCAUAUUCUGCAUCAACUGGAGGAAAAUUCUGCUCCCCAUUAGGAGCCUUGCUAUUUCUGCCCUUUGUUGUUCUUGCUUUCUCAUCCUCCUUUCUCUUUCUCUCCCUCUUCCCUGGCUUUAGGUUGCUCCUCCUUCCUUCCCAGUGUUUCUUUCCCUGUAAUAUCUUCCAAUUUGGGGUCAAUUCCUACCCCAUUCCACUGCUAAAUUAAACAAAGAUAAAGUGUCUAAAGUCUCAUUAGUGCAGAGUUAACACUACAGUGAGAUUAAUAGUAGGCAAAGAAGAUCACAUCUCUGAGACAGUGUUUCAAGCUCUCUGCAGACACAGACAAUACUGUACAAGUAACAUUGGGUUUGCAGUUGGACAAUUUUCUUCAGAACCCUGAAAGCAAGAAACUUUAUUUUUAAUAAUGAAAGCUGAGAUUCUGCUGAUCCUGAAUAUGCCAUGUGGGCUACAAACAGUCUGUGCAACCUGUGGUUUGUAUGUCUGAUACCUCUGCACUAAAGCCACAACCCCAGCCGUGUAAAGAAAUAAACCAGUUGUGUGCUUAUCAUGAUGUAGUGUAUUUAAUUGCAGUGUGUUAUCAAUCAGCUUCCUAUUUAACACUUCUUCCAUCUCCCUUGCGUUUGGUUUAUUUGUAUUAUGCUAGUACCUGGGAGACCCAGUCAUGGCCCUCAAAAUAAUAAGUGCUUGAUAAACACAGAACAAAAACACUGACUCUGCCCCAAAGAGCUUACAAUCUACCUUCUUGCUCUGCUUGGCUCUGCCCUACUUCUUGUUCAUUGUGUCUCUCUUCCUACGUUUGAUUUUCAGGGUCUUCUCUUUUCUUUCUUCUUAUUCUGCAAGGUCUUUUCCCCUGUCUGCCCUGUUUUCUCUCUCACACCUCUCCCAACUUAAAGCUCCAUGUUGAAAGCCUGGUCCAAAGACUCUAAAAGCUUGGCUACACUUGCGAGUUAGUGCGCAAUAAAGGAGCCCAGGGCGCACUAGCUCACUACCUGUCCACACUGGCAAGGCACGUAGAGCGCUCUGACUCCUUGACUACAGCGCUCCUGGUAAUCCACCUCGGCAAGUGGAAUAACGUUUGCUGCACGCCUGCUGAAGCGCUGCAGCGCCAGUGUGGAUGACCUAUCCUGUUAAUGUGCUCUGAUCGGCCUCUAGAAGUGUCCCACAAUGCCUGUGCUAGCCACUCUGGUCAUCACUUUGAACUUUACUGCCCUGCCCUCAGGUGACCAACUGUCAGACCCGCCCUUUAAAUUCUCUGGGAAUUUUGAAAAUCCCCUUCCUGUUUGCUCAACCAGGUGUGGAAUGAUCUCAGCAAAUCUUUUCAGGUGACCAUGCCUCCAUGCGCCAGGCAAUCCCCAGUAUGGAGCAACGGCAAGGUGCUGGACCUCAUCGGUGUUUGGGGGGGGAAGCUGUCCAGUCCCAGCUGCGCUCCAGCCGUAGGAAUUACGAUACCUUUGGGCAGAUAUCAAGGGACAUGAUGGAAAGGGGCCAUGACCGGGACGCACUGCAGUGCAGGGUUAAAGUGAAGGAGCUGUGGAAUGCCUACCGCAAAGCCUACGAGGCAAACAACCGCUCUGGUGCUGCCCCCGCAACCUGCCAUUUCUACAAAGAGCUGGACGCGAUACUUGAGGGUGACCCCACCUCCACUCCGAGCUCCACCAUGGACACUUCAGAGUCCAGUUCAACAAGGCAGGAGGAGGAGGAGGAGCAAAGCGGCAGCGAGGGUGCUGAGGAGGUGGAAGACACCCCAGAAUCCCUAGAUGCAUGCAGCCAGGAGCUGUUCUCAAACCAGGAGGAAGGUAGCCAGUUGCGGCGGCCAGUGCUUGGGGAAAGACAAACACCAGAGGAGGUUCCCGAUGCAACCUUGAGAUCUCACCCGUCCGUGUUAUCACUGCCCAAAAGACUCCAAAGAAUCAGAAAGUGGCCACGUAGAAGCAAGGAAGACAUGUUGCAUGAAAUAAUGCAGCAUUCAAGUAAUGAAAAUCAGAAAGUGCAGGAGUGGUGGGAGAGUGAAAGGAGGAUCUGUCAGCAGCACGAGGAGCGCUGGCACAAAAGUGCGGUGCUCCAGCAGAAAAGCACAGAUCGGCUGAUAAGCAUAAUGGAGCGCCAAGCAGACUCUAUCCAGGCGCUCGUAGCCAUGCAGGCGGAGCACCACCGCGUCUUCUUUCCCGCCCCCCCCUCCCCCUGCCUUCCAGAAGCAGCAGCAAAAGCUGACAGGACCCUGAUCCAAGGUUUUCACUGGAUCACUUUGGGAAAGCUCUGA